AUGAGUGAGGAGAAGAAGAAGAGCGGGUUCUCGACGUCGGUGGCACCGGUGGGUGUGUUGAUGAACCCGUUGCCGUUGGACCAGGCGAGCAAGCACGCGCGGAAGGUAUACAUUGGUAACUUGCCGCCGAGUGUAACGCAAGAGAUAAUCAUUGCGCAGUUCUUCAAUCACACACUAUCGGCUCUGCUACCGAACAAGCCGUUGGGCGACUCUAUAAUUGGGACGUACAUAAACACGACGAAGCGAUUUGCAUUCAUAGAGAACAGGUCGAUUGAGGAGACGACUUUUACGUUAACAUUGGAUGGGAUCAUGAUGGAAGGUUAUGCACUCAAGUUGCGACGGCCGCAAGACUACAAUGCGGCCUUGGCACGUCAGCAACUAGCGGUGGAGAUGGAGUUAAAGGGCGGUAUCAGUGCCUUGCGGGGUGCGGCGUGUUUGAGUAGCAACCAGGCCCGGACGAGCAUCGUCUCCACCUCCGUCGACGACGGACCGAACAAGGUGUUUAUUGGCGGGUUGCCACACCAUAUGAUGGAAUUCGAGGUUAAGGAAUUGCUCUCCACCUUCGGCGCCUUGAAAGCUUUUCAUCUCGUUAAGGACCGGGAAGCCGACCGCUCCAAGGGGUAUGCCUUCUGCGAAUGGCGAGACCCCAGUGUCACGGACGCCGCCUGCGAACAACUUAAUGGAACCAAGGUCGGUGACCGCUACCUCAACGUACGACGUGCAGUGGGCCACUCCGGUCGACCGCCCAUAGACACCACCACCGGUCUCCCCAUGCUCGGUCCCGGCGACCGUCCAGAAGCCAUCGCUGACGACCCCUCCGGCGCCGCCGCUGCCGGAGGCGCCGCACCCGGCGACGCUGUUACCGUGGCGGUGCCAUGGAGUCAGCUAAGCUUGCCGCGUGUUGCGCUGUGGCUGAAUGGACAGACACCGGCUGCAUCUCGUUGUCUCGCGGUCGCUCGCGCGAACGAUAAAGAACACCUCAGUGCCGACCAGUGGGCACGACUCGUUGUGCACGUCAAAAAGACAGGCAAUCAGGUCGGCUUCGUGCGCAGCUGUCGCUUCCACGCCGGCGAAGGCGGUCGAGUCCUGGCGGAGUUCAGCACCGCCGUCGAAGCACACGCCGCGUGCGACCUCCUCCACCAACAGGCUAUUGAAGGCACCACUCUCACGGCACACCCCGUCCCUCUACCCCCAGACACUCAGGAAGCCAGCUUCGCCAGACUCAAGUCUGACAUCGACCGAUCUGCAGCCAUGACACCUGACGCCCGAUUAGUCUACUACCAACACGAACAAAAACUCCGCCUCCAAAAACUCCCCCAAGCCUAG